AUGUUAGCUGAUUUAUUGGAAAAGAAUUCAAAAUAUCAAACUCUUAUUGAUUCAGAAAAUGAUACUGUUAUAUCUUUUUUACCAUGGAAAAGUGAACGAUUAAGAACUUCUACACUUUUACAAGAAAAUUAUAAAGGCAAAGGAAAUGAAAGUUCACCAUAUAUUAUUAAUUGGCUUCGUUAUGAUCCAGAAAAUCCAAUGAAAUGGUUGUCCAUAUACAAAUGGUUUUUAACAUUCCUUGUCACUGUUGCAACUCUUGCAAUUUCAUUUUGUUCUUCAGCUUAUACAGGACCCUUUAAUGAACUUAAACAACAGUUUCAUAUAGGUGAUGAAGUUAUUACGCUUGGUAUAUCAUUAUAUGUUCUUGGCUUUGCAAUUGGACCUCUACUUUGGGCACCAUUUUCUGAAGUUUUAGGACGACGACCACUCUUCAUCGUAACUUAUGCUGCAUUAACUGCAUUUAAUGCUGGAGCGGCAGCAUCACAAAAUAUUUGGACAUUAGUUAUUCUUCGAUUUUUUGCAGGUGCAUUUGGUGCUUCUCCAUUAACGAAUGCUGGUGGUGUUAUUGCUGAUCUAUUUGAUGAUUCUGAGCGUGGUGUUUUUUUAGCUCUAUUUACAACGGCAGCAUUUUUCGGACCAGGUUUAGGGCCAGUCGUUGGUGGAUUUGUUGGUGAAACUGUAGGAUGGCGUUGGGUUGAAGGUGUAAUGGCUAUUUUUACUGGAGUUAUAUGGAUACUUAUUUGUUUUUUUUUACCAGAGACAUAUAGUCCAGUUCUUUUACGUAGAAGAGCAAAGAAAUUAUCAAAACGAACAGGUAAAACUUAUCGUUCAAAAUUCGAAGAAGAAGAAAAAACUAAAUUUAGUAAAGUUCUGAAAACUUCAUUAUUACGUCCAUGGGCUCUUCUAUUUCGUGAACCAAUUGUUCUUCUUCUUUCGAUUUAUAUGGCUAUUAUUUAUGGAACUCUUUAUUUAUUAUUUGGUGCUUUUCCAAUUGUUUAUCAAGAAAAACGAGGAUGGAGUGAAGGAAUUGGUGGUUUGGCUUUUAUGGGUUUUUUAGUUGGAAUAAUAAUUUCAGUUGUGUAUUCAAUACUAGAUAAUAUACGAUAUAAACGUGUUAUAAAGAAAAGUAAAGAUGGACAAGCACCACCAGAAGCUCGUCUUCCACCAGCUAUGGUUGGUUCUAUUUUUAUACCUAUUGGAUUAUUUUGGUUUGCAUGGACUAAUUCUCCAUCUAUUCAUUGGAUUGUUUCAAUAAUUGCUAGUGCACCAGUUGGUUUUGGUAUGGUUUUAGUUUUUAUAUCUAUUAUUAAUUAUUUAAUUGAUGCAUAUACAAUCUAUUCAGCUUCUGUAUUAGCAGCUAAUAGUGUCAUACGUUCUAUUUUUGGUGCAGCUUUUCCUUUAUUUACAACACAAAUGUUUCAUACAUUAGGUAUUCAUUGGGCUUCAUGUGUACCAGCGUUUUUAGCAUUAGUAUGUGUACCAUUUCCAUUUCUAUUUUAUAAAUAUGGCGCAAAAAUACGACAAAGAUGUAAAUAUGCUGCUGAAGCUGAAGAAAAGAAAGAAAAACCAACAAAAACAAACUCUAAUGAAAAUGGACAGACAAACUCUACGGAAUAUAAACAAACGAGUGAAACUAAACAGACAAAGUCUAAGAAAAAUGGACAAACAGGUGAAACUAAACAAGCAAAGUCGAAUGAAAAUGAACAAACGAGUGAAGUUAAACAGAAAAAAUAG